GGGAAAUCACAUUGCGAGAAGCAGGGGGAGCCGGGGCUGAUGAGCCACAUGCCAGGGGCCAGAGGGAGAGGAUUUCCCACCAGAGCAGGGACCGUGUGUUGUGCUCAGCGAAAGGAGGGCAAGUCAACUGCACGUUAAUUGGAUUUCAUUCACUUGGGGAGGAGAAAGCGCCCGAGCGGCUAGCCGGGCACAGCGAUUAGACAGGUUCAUUCAGGGACUCAUUGACAAAAAAAGCGAGGCGGGCCGGGCGUGCUGCCACCCCACGCAGUGCUCUGGUCACCUCCCCACGAAUCCCUUGCUGGCCGCGCAGGGGAGGAGGCUCGGGAGUCACUCGCCUGGGGUGGCAGGAGUUCAGAGCGGGGUGCGGAGCCCCGUGCCUCAGCGAGCGGGGAGUUUCUAAGCCGCGCUCCGCUCUCGCCCAGCUUUUCCCCAUGCUGGAUACGUUCCGCCCCGUGCCCUUCGCCUCGGAGAUGGCUGUCAGUAAAACGGCGGCGUGGCUGAACGAGCAGCUGGACUUGGGCAGCGACCGGCUGCUGCUCAUGGACUGCCGCUCGCAGGAGCUGUACGAGUCGUCCCACAUCGAGUCCGCCCUGCACGUCGCGCUGCCCGGCAUCAUGCUGCGGCGGCUGCAGAAGGGCAACCUGCCCCUGCGCGCCCUCUUCUCCAGCAGCGAGGCGGACCGCGAGAAGUUUGCCCGGCGCUGCGGGACCCACACGGUGGUGCUGUACGACGAGCACAGCAGCGAGUGGAACGAGAACACGGGCGGCGAGUCGGUGCUGGGUUUGCUGCUCAAGCGCCUGAAAGAUGAAGGCUGCAAAGCGUUUUACCUGGAAGGUGGCUUCAGCAAAUUCCAGGCCGAAUUCGCCCUGCACUGUGAAACGAACCUAGACAGCUCUUGUAGCAGCAGUUCUCCUUCCCUGCCGGUCCUGGGGCUGGGAGGCCUGCGAAUCAGCUCCGAUUCGUCUUCCGACAUUGAAUCUGACACUGACCGAGACCCCAAUAGUGCCACUGACUCAGAUGGCAGCCCGCUGUCCAACAGCCAGCCUUCCUUCCCAGUCGAGAUCUUGCCCUACCUCUACUUGGGCUGUGCCAAAGACUCCACCAACCUGGACGUGUUAGAAGAGUUUGGCAUCAAAUACAUCUUGAACGUGACCCCCAAUCUGCCUAAUCUCUUUGAGAACGCCGGAGAGUUCAAAUACAAGCAGAUCCCCAUCUCUGAUCACUGGAGUCAAAACUUGUCUCAGUUCUUUCCCGAGGCCAUCUCUUUCAUAGAUGAAGCUCGGGGGAAGAACUGCGGCGUCCUGGUGCACUGCUUAGCGGGGAUCAGCCGCUCCGUCACGGUGACCGUCGCGUACCUCAUGCAAAAGCUCAACUUGUCCAUGAACGACGCCUACGACAUCGUCAAGACGAAGAAAUCCAACAUCUCGCCCAACUUCAACUUCAUGGGCCAGCUGCUGGACUUCGAGCGGACGCUGGGGCUCAGCAGCCCCUGCGACAACCGGGUGCCCGGCCAGCAGCUGUACUUCUCCACCCCCUCCAACCAGAACGUCUUCCAAGUGGAUUCCCGGCAGUCCACGUGAGCGCCCAGCGGCCUCCCGCCCAGCCCGGCCCGGCUCGGCUCGGCUCACGUGACCCUUCCUCCAGCUGCUUCUCUCUGGCAGCGGCAAGGAGACGGAGCUUUGCUCUGCAGGGGGCUUGGGGAUCGGCCCCUGCCGGUGCAUGAUGGGAAAAGGUUACACGGGAUGGAAUCGGCUCUUGCAACGGGAGGGAACUCGCUGAGGUCUCCCGGGAAGAGCAGGUGGCAGCUGCCCCCAGUUGGAACUGAGGACUCCCAACACCUAGGGUGAGACUGGGCAUUACGAGCACGUGUUUUCUAGCCACUGGGAACCGACUACUUCCUUCUGGGGUUUGCGAUCUGUACCAUGAAUUGUUGUCUUCAGUGAAGACGGGUUGGUUUAUUUUUUUUAAUUUAGAGGAGCCAAAGAGAGGUUUCAGCUCAGUGUAUUGGGGGGUACUUGUUUGCCUGAGCUCUGUAGUGCUUGCUAUUUGAUCAGUGUAAAUAUUUAAUCUUAAAUCCACGGGCAAUGUUUAUUUUUUUAACUUGCGCCUAUAGAAACGAACCCAAAGGACUGCUCCAUUUGUGUGCUCUUCAUGAAUGAUGGUUGUCCCCCGACCCCUUGCAAAGAACACCUUUGCAGCAUGCGUGAUUUUUAUUGUCCAAUUGAGCUGAGGCAAACUUGAGAGGCAAUGGCUACUAUGAUCAGAAACUUGUUACAUUCUGGGAAUCAGUGGAGUCUCUUCCAUUCUAGUUUUCUUUUCCUUGUAAGAUCUCUUCCCCCCCCUCCCCCACUCCUCUGGGGCUGCUGUUUUUCACUUCUUCUUUUUUAAAGGUUUGUAAAUAGAUCAUAGUGGAAGAGACUUGUCUUCAGAAACAUUUCAGAUAUGUUAAACAGUGCUUUAUCUCUGUACAAACUCUUCAGGGAGCUUCACCUCAAAUGCAAUUUUUUGGUGUAUAAAACUGGAAGUACAUGUGAGCAUAUGUACUCGUGCAUAUGCAAGGUGAACUUGCAGAUGAUUGCCAAUGAGGGAGAGCCUAAUUCUGUGGUGUAAAAGGUUUAAGCUGGAAUUUAUUAUAAAAAUGUACAUUUUUAAAUUAUUAAUAAAUAACUAUUUUUCGCUAUUGGGAA